AAUCAUACGGAUGACGUGGACGCGGGUAUAUAAGUAGCGCGCUGGCACACUGAAGUACUCAUGCAGAGCGAACAGUUAGAAGUGGAUGUAUCAAACAAACAUAAAACAAAUCUGCCUGUCUUCAAUGUGUCCUGUCAUGGACCUGCACCAGAGUGCGAAAGCUGCUGCCCUGCAGGUGAUCCAGCACCAGACUCGCGCUCUGCCCGGUACCAACUCGCCCAGCGUCCUCCUCGCGUACAAAAACGCGACGCAAAGACUCGGCGCGACCGGGUUUAAAGUCAGCACGCUCUCCAAAGCAGGAAUGAGCAUCUUGAAACUGGCCACGACGCAGCUGAAACAGCAGGAAAAGAAAGCGAGGGUGGUGCGGGCGUCCAGUCUGGGUAAAGCGCAUCCUCCCAUCGACUGUAAAAAAUCCCCUCUUGACCAGCUGGCCGCGCUGGUCCUACACGGGCACACGCGUCUCCAGCCGCUGGCGAACGAACCUCACGGCAGCACCAAACCGCAGAACUGCAGGCGCAUCGUGGUUCUCGGCGCGCCGCGGGUCGGUAAGACCUCCAUCCUGCGCCGGUUCCUGCGCGACGGCUUUGAGGAGCGAUACGAGCCCACAUGUGAAGAUUUCCACCGGAAACUCUACCACAUUCGCGGCGAAACCUACCAGAUAGACAUCCUGGACGCGUCUGGGGAACGGAGCUUCCCUGCCAAGAGGAGACUCUCCAUUCUAACUGGUGACAUAUUCCUGCUCGUCUUCAGUCUUGACGACCACAGCUCGUUUGAGGAGGUGCGCGCUCUGCACGCCGAGAUCGUAGCGGCCAAAACGGCCUUGCAUAAACAGAAGGUGUGUGUGCCGACGGUGGUCUGCGCCAACAAAGUGGACUUGCCCUCAGAGCAGCGCGCGGUGUCGCGGACUGAAGUGCUGCGUGCUCUUGGGAAUGGCUGCACUCUGUUCGAGACCUCCGCCAAGGACAGUGUGAAUCUGGAGCAGGUGUUCGAGGCGCUGGCACUGCACGGAGGGCUCCCGCUGGAGACAGGACCCUCGCAGCACCGGAAAGUGUCCAUACGCUCCUACCAGGCGCUCCGGGCGGCGCGGCAGGCGGACAAAGGGAGCAAAGCGUCGGCGUGCGACACUCCCUGCGGGGCGCUCUAUCCAUUGGCACGCAGGCCGAGCUUUGGCACAGACCUACGGCUGGUUCUCGGCCCCAAAGGCAACAGAAAACAGGGCAAAGCACUGGACAAGUGUCCGAUUCAGUGAAACAACAGACUGAGAGAAAGAGAACUGCUUCUAUUUCUUGUAAAAACAAAGAGCACUGACAAUAUUCGCCAUUUGUGUAUGGCAGCAAACAUUAUUUAUUCAAACUUUUUCAUUCAUUGGUGCAAAUGGAUCCCUUUUGCAUAAUAUAUUAUAUAUGAAACUGAUCAUUGCAUUUUAAUCCUGGCCUAUAAAAUGCAUACAGUUUCAUAUGAAUGUAUUUACAUAGUGCACACAUUGCAAAUCCAUUAAAAUAAUAUUUAAUCAUGUACAGAUACAUGUAACUUUUGCAAUUUUUUUACUUAAUGAAUGCUGCAGGGACAAUGAAACAUGUAUUUGAACUUUAGCUUCUUUAAUGUUGACUGAAGUUGAUUUAAUGUUGUAUUCAGACAGUAAUUGAAGGUGUUGAAGACUCCUGCCUUAAAGUAGAUGCCAAUCAUGAAAACAAUACUGAGAAUGAUGUCUGAGGCAUAAUAUUUAAAACAGUAUGACAAUCUGAAUGGACUUUAGGCCUCUUAUCACUCACAGAUUUUUACUGAAAAUGAUGGAAAAUCCUGUUGCACGACUGGUUUGUUGCUGUAUAAUAUCUGUACACAUUUUAAAUUAAACAUUUUCAUACAAAACAUGA